AUGUCAGUCAAAAAGGAAGGUGCCCACAAGAAGUGGGCUGCCCUGAAGGAGAAACUCGGACCCCAGGAGACCGACCAGUCAGAGGCCAACCUGGAAAAUGCAGAGCCAGAGCUGUGCAUCCGUCUCCUGCAAAUGCCAUCGGUGGUGAACUACUCGGGGCUGAAGAAGCGGCUGGAGAACAGCAACGAUGCCUGGAUGGUCCAGUUCCUGGAGCUGUGUGGGCUGGACCUCCUCCUGGAGGCCCUGGACAGGCUCUCUGGGCGAGGAGUGGCCAGGAUUUCUGAUGCCUUGCUUCAGCUCACCUGCAUUAACUGUGUGCGAGCGGUCAUGAACUCCCACAAAGGCAUCGAAUACAUUGUAAGCAAUGAGGGCUACGUCAGAAAACUCUUCCAAGCACUUGACACAACUAAUGUCAUGGUCAAAAAGCAAGUAUUUGAGCUCCUGGCUGCACUGUGCAUUUACUCAUCAGAUGGCCACGCUUUGGCUUUGGAUGCCCUGGAUCAUUACAAGAGUGUGAAGAACCAGCAGUAUCGAUUCAGCGUCAUAAUGAACGAGCUCUCCAACACAGAUAACGUGCCGUACAUGGUGACACUGCUGAGUGCUAUCAAUGCCAUCAUACUGGGGAAAGAAGAGCUAAGAACAAGGACACAAAUCAGAAAUGAGUUCAUAGGGCUUCAGCUGUUGGAUAUUUUAGACAAACUAAGGUAA